AUGGGGUGGGGAAUGAAAAACCGACGGAAAGUGCCAUGGAAGAAGGAAGAAGAGAAGAAAGCAUUAGCCGCCAAAUAUCAGGUAGCUCUCUGUUCUCGGCUCAAACAGCUUUUCUUUUCUUUCAUCACGCGAGCACUUCAGCCUCUCGACAUUUUACAAGGCGGUUUUGGUUUCCUUUCCCUCCCUCUAUCUAUUCCUGAAAACUUGUUCUUUCUUUCAUUAUAUUCUGUUCAUAUCUAUCUAUCUAUCUAUCUAUCUAUCUAUCUAUCUAUCUAUCUAUCUACAUACAUACAUACUUUUAUCUGCCUCAUCACAUUACAUCUAUCUAUCUAUCUAUCUAUCUAUCUAUCUAUCUAUGAAUGGGGUUGUUCACAUCUAUCUAUCUAUCUACUUUUAUCUGCCUCAUCACAUCUAUCUAUCUAUCUAUCUAUCUAUCUAUCUAUCAAGGAGUCUGAUCAUAUCUAUCUAUCUAUCUAUCUAUCUAUCUCUCAAACCUACUUUUAUCUGCCUCAUCACAUCUAUCUAUCUAUCUAUCUAUCUAUCUAUCUCUCUAUCUAUCUAUCUAUCUAUCUAUCAAGGAGUCUGAUCAUAUCUAUCUAUCUAUCUAUCUAUCUCUCAAACCUACUUUUAUCUGCCUCAUCACAUCUAUCUAUCUAUCUAUCUAUCUAUCUAUCUAUCUAUCUAUCUAUCAAUGAGUCUGAUCAUAUAUGUCUAUCUAUCAAACCUAAUUUUAUCUGCCUCAUCACAUCUAUCUAUCUAUAUAUAUAUACCGGGAGAGAAAAGAAUUUUUUUUCUUUUUUUUUUUUUUUUUUUUACCUCGUUUUGGAUUUUCUUUCCUUUUCUUUUUUUCCUUUUUCUCGUUUGUCUUUUUUUUCUUUUCUACGUAUUUUUUUUCAUUUCCUCUAUUUUUUCACUCGUUUUUUUUUCGUCUUUUUCGGUUUUCUUCCUUUUCUUUCUUUUUUUCGUUUUCUUUUCGUUCACACGUUUUUUUUUCUUUUUGUUACCUCUAUUUUCUCCCUUUUCUUCCUCUCUUUCUUUCUGACCUUUGAUCUUUCUUCGUUUUACCAUACAUCUUUAUUUGGCAUCUUCCUUUUUUCGCUUUCAUUUUUCUUUCUACUCCGCCCUAUUUUUCUGCACUUUUACUAUCUUUCUUUUUUAUUUUAUCUUUCUUUCUUUCUUUCUUUCUUACUUUCUUUCUUUUUAUUCUUUCUUUUCUUUCUUUCUUUCUUUCUUUCUUAUUCAAAUGGGUUUUUCUCCUCUUACUGCCCUUAA